AUGGGUCGUUAUGUUCCGGCAGCUAGUCUGAAACAUUUAAAAGCUUAUAGCUAUCAGAGUGAGGAUCGUUCUUUAAUUUCCAAAUACAUUUUAAAACCUUUCUGGUUACGAUUUUGUGAUAUUUUUCCGGCAUGGAUGGCACCAAACGUCAUAACAUUAUUAGGUUUGGGCUUUAUUAUAAUAAAUGCGUUGACAGUGUUAGUACUAGAUCCUAAUUUAAAUGAGGCAUCACCUCGUUUGGCAUAUUUUUCAUAUGCGGUGGGAUUGUUUCUUUACCAAACGUUUGAUGGCUGUGAUGGUGUUCAUGCACGUAGAACCGGGCAAUCUGGCCCAUUAGGUGAACUAUUCGAUCAUAGUAUCGAUGCAAUUAAUACAUCGCUUUCCUUCUUCAUUUUCUGUUCUGCAUCUGGGAUCGGAUAUACAUUAAAAAUGAUUGUUUGCCAAAUGGCGUUGUUGUGUAAUUUCUAUUUCAGUACAUGGGAGGAAUACCAUACUCAUAAAUUAUUUUUGAGUGAAAUCUCAGGUCCCGUGGAAGGAAUUCUCUUUAUAUCCAGUUCUUUCGUUCUCACGUCCAUUUUUGGUUCCUCCAUGUGGAAGGCUACAUUGAUUAAUUUUUCUUUGAAUGAGAAUGUUAUUGGACUCAAUAUCUUAGACAUUUUUUUGAUUUCCCUAUGUAUUGGGAUUGUUUUCAAUGUCUUUGCAGCCAGGAAAAACGUGAAAGAUUAUUACGAGAAUGAAAAGAACCAACAUCUACCGGGAAGUACAGUAGAUGAUGACCUUGACACCACUGCAAUGAAAGGUCUAUGGCCAUUCUUUUGUUAUUAUGCUCUAGUAUUUAUCCUGAUAGUCAUUGAACCAGCCUUUAUCUCCUUACCCUUAUUUCUUUCCAUUGGCUCUACUGUUGCCUUUAUGGUUGGCCGUAUUAUCGUAUCCCAUUUGACUAGACAGCCAUUCCCAUUCACACAUCUUCCAAUGUUUAUUCCAGUCCUUCAAAUGGUUUUAUAUUGGAUUCCAGUUAAGAUAUUGUCGUACGAUCCGUCGCUUAUCGUUUUUGCAUUGACUUGGUUUGGUUUUGGGUUGGCCUUGGGUGCUCAUAUAAUGUUCUUCAGUGAGAUUAUUUAUGAAUUCACCACUUACCUUGACGUAUAUGCUUUGUCUAUUAAGUAUCCCAAAUAUACCUGA